GAGAGGAAUGCGAAGGCGGUUUGUGGUGGACGAGUGGAGGAGCCCCAGCGAUGCCUACUUCCUCACGCAUUUGCACGCUGAUCACACUGAGGGCCUGUCUGCGGAUUGGUGCCGCGGCCCUCUCUACUGCUCGCAGGUAACCGCCAUGCUCCUCCUCGCCAGAUUCAAGGGCUUCAAUCCCGCCCUGCUCCACAUUCUCGACCUCGGGACUCCAACGCUCGUCUCUUCCAACAAUGCUGCAGAUUCCUUGCUAGAAGUCACGGCGAUCGACGCCGAUCACUGCCCUGGAGCUGUGAUGUAUGUGUUCCAUGGAGAGUUUGGGUGCGUCUUGCAUACCGGGGACUUUCGAUGGAAUAACGAUCGAUGCACGCUGGAGGAGAGGAAAGAGGCUCUCAGAGAAGCUAUCGGUGGAGCUCAGGUGGAUUUUCUCUACCUUGACAACACAUUUUGCAACCCGCUCUUCUGCUUUCCAUCCAGGAACGCCGCUGCGACUAGAGUCAUUGAGCUCAUACGAGGCCACCCGGAGAAAGAUAUCGUGAUUGGAAUCGACAACCUUGGGAAGGAAGAGCUUUUGCUCUCCAUUGCUCAAGCUUUGGAAACGAAAAUCUGUGUGUGGCCACAACGGUUGAAAACAAUGCACUUGCUACAGCUCCCGGAUGUUUUCACGACCGACACUUCCAUCACACGGAUCCGGGCCGUUCCACGCUGCAGCGUCUCCACCCGGAGCCUAAAGCUCUUGAACGAGAUUCGCCCGACUCUGGGAAUCCUUCCAACCGGCUGCUUAUGCCUGUGCAAUCCAUCCUCCGGACGAAAGCCGAAGCCAAAGCUGCUGUGCUCCGAAAGCUGCUACAAAUCCCGGGAAAGAACCAGCGACAACCAAGCUGCUGACGCUUCUUCGCGGCUGAUUAACGUCGUCCCGUACUCGCUUCAUUGCUGCUUCUCCGAGGCCAGAGACUUUGUCGACCUUAUCCGUCCAAAAUCAGUGCUGGGAAUCGUCAAAUCUUCCACAGACUACAGCAUUAAUCCCAUCCAACUUCUUUCCGGGUGCCAAGCGACAACGUCAACCACGGCAGCGUCACUUCGUGAAGGUCCACGCGUGCUACUGGAUACCCGGCCCGACCUGGAUUGUAGCCACAAGCUGCGAGAUCUGCUUCAAGUCCGCUGCUCCUCUACCAAGCUACGACGUCGCAAAAACCUUUCCAGGAGGCGUCAAAGGCUACACGGACGUGGCGCUAAGCUGUACGAAGAAGGCUGAAAGUUGUGGACCAAACUCUGGAUCAAGCUUCUCAAGUCUUCACAAGCUUCGGCACCGUGAACAUCUUCCACACCGAGAGCUUCUCUCUGGUCACUCCGGGGUCCGAAUGAAACUUCUCCAACUUCUGGGGAGUGUUUUCCUUGCACUCGGUGCCGUCGCCAUCUGGAACCGGGAUCGCAAGCACCUGCUUGAGGCCCUCCACGAGCUCGCUCAUCUUCGGUCGUGCCUUUGGCUGCCUCGUGAGGCAGCUUGCCGCGAGGCUCGCCAUCUUUUGAGCCGCUUGGAGAGGGUAGUGGCCUUCGAGGCUCGGGUCCAUGAUAAGGUGGAACUUCCGGCUUGUAGAAAUGUAAGGCUUGACCCAUUCCAAGAGCC